GCUUCUUUUUAGACUGUCUCUGGUGAGUACUUGGCUACAAGUCACUGCCCGUUUGAUUCACCGUGACGCUCUUUGCUUUCCCCGCGUGGUGGGAUGAACCCCUCCUUCUCUCCGCCCGGCAGCUUUCCCUUCUUAUAAUCCUGCCCCAGCUGUCCUCCUUCCUUUUCACUACUGACUGACCACUUCUUCAUAUCCAUCAUCAAAGACAGAUUUCCCAGAUUAAUUCCCCCGUUUGUCUAAUAAUCAUCAUCCAUCAUGGUUAAAGCUGCCGUUCUUGGUGCCUCGGGUGGCAUUGGCCAGCCCUUGUCUCUCCUCCUCAAGGCAUGCCCUCUCGUUGACGAGCUUGCUCUCUACGAUGUUGUCAACACCCCCGGUGUCACUGCCGAUCUCUCUCACAUCUCCUCCGUCGCUAAAAUCUCCGGUUACUUGCCUAAGGAUGACGGCUUGAAGAACGCUCUGACUGGCACUGAUAUUGUUGUCAUCCCUGCUGGCAUUCCCCGCAAGCCUGGUAUGACCCGUGAUGACCUGUUCAAGGUCAACGCCAGCAUUGUCCGCGACCUCGUCAAGGGAAUUGCCGAAUUCUCCCCCAAGGCCUUCGUCCUGAUCAUCUCCAACCCCGUCAACUCGACCGUCCCUAUUGCCGCUGAGGUGCUCAAAGCCGCUGGCGUCUUUGACCCUAAACGCCUCUUCGGUGUGACCACCCUCGACGUUGUCCGUGCCGAGACCUUCGUCCAAGAAUACUCUGGCCAGAAGGACCCCUCCAAGGCCCAGAUCCCUGUUGUUGGUGGUCACUCUGGCGAGACUAUUGUCCCCCUCUUCAGCAAGGCUUCCCCCUCCUUGAACAUCCCCGCUGACAAGUAUGACGCUCUUGUCAAACGUGUCCAGUUCGGUGGUGAUGAGGUUGUCCAGGCCAAGGAUGGCGCUGGUUCUGCUACCCUGUCUAUGGCUUAUGCUGGCUACAGAUUCGCCGAGGCUGUUAUCAAGGCUCUCAGAGGUGAGGCCGGUAUCGUCGAGCCGACUUUCGUUUACCUGCCCGGUAUUGCUGGCGGUGACGAGAUCGCCAAGGCAACUGGUGUCGAAUUCUUCUCUACUCUUGUCACUCUCGGGGCCAAUGGUGCCGAAAAGGUCACCAACGUGCUCAACGGUGUCACUGACCAGGAGAAGAAGCUCCUCGAGGCUUGCACCAAGGGCCUCAAGGGCAACAUCGAAAAGGGCAUCGACUUCAUCAAGAACCCUCCACCAAAAUAGGCUUUAAACGCAUGAUAUGUAUUAGACGGUGAAAUUAAUGUGGCCGACGGUCAUUC